AUGGACACAUGUCUAUCAGUCGGAUACGCCAUGAAGGUCACAAUUCAGUCCAUUCCUGACGAGGUCCUCCUCCAAAUCUUCGGAUAUCUCCCCAGCAAGUGGGAUGUGUACAGCGUCCGUCUUGUCUGCCGGCUUUUAGGUCAUGUCGGCCGAUCUGCUCUUGGUACAAAAGUGACUUUCGCUCUUGUGCCAGAGAGCAUUGCCCGACUAAAUGAAAUUUCCUUGCACCCUUUCUUCAGCCAGCACAUAUCCGCCAUUACUUGCGUGACAAAUGUAUUUCGUUCCUUUGGCAGCAUCAAUGACUGGAAGCAUGCUAUAAGCCUCACAGUCAAACAUCCAACUGAUGUGGAUGUCAUGGUCUGGUCAGAGGAGGGAUGGAUGGAGAGCUGGGGCCAUUACAAUGCGCUGCUUGCUGCUCAGGACGCCGCUUUCAGGUCCUUGGAGCGUUCGAAAGGCAUGGAGAUUGUCUGCAGCCGCUUCACUAAGCUUCAAAAUCUGAAUAUUUGUCACUACACUCGUGGUACGCCGCCACCAUAUCAUCUGCACAGCAACCCAUCAUACCGAUUUAUAAGCAGAGCGCACUGUGAUCUCAGAGAUUACUUUACGCUACCGGCCUACGAACUUGGAAUCUUCCCACCCAGAAUUGCUGUUCCCAGUGUUUAUAUACUGGGCCCAAUAUUGCGUAACACCAGCGAGACCCAACUCAGGAGUCUGCGGGUUGAUGCGCUGGGCAUCGAGGUGUUUGACAGAGAGACUGAGAUCUGGGGAGAGAGUGAUGUCUAUUCUCAGAUGAUGAAAAUCGGCCCCAAUCUCAGCGUCUUGGAUCUAUGUAUCUACGUCAAGAAUGACCGAGAGGGACGGCAGGGGUUCCGACCGGCCGCUCGAAUUCUGGCCAACAACCGAGCCAAGAGUUUCCUCUGCGCAGCUUCCCAUCUCGAAGACAUGAAGCUCAAGUUUUUCAGCGUUUUCCACGACCGCGGGUAUCCCUUCUAUGGCGAAAUUGCGGAUUUCUGGCCAACGGAACAUACUUGGCCUCGGCUGCGAAAACUCCGCUUGACAAACGUCGAGGUGGUGACAUUCAUCUUCAUGGAUUUUCUCAGCGCCCAUAUAGAGACACUCAAAGACCUAAGACUGAAAAAUUGCCUCAUGCUUGAUAACCCUCAUUUCCGCCAAAAUGGUCGGCCAUGCGUUUGGUCAGAUUUCUUCAUCCCCCUGGUCACCACUUUCCCUCUCACGAAUCUUUCUCUCCGGGGCCGGUUCAAGCUGAUCAAGCCCCCGGGUAGAGGCUUGGACGAGAACCCGAACCUUUUUGUCAACCCUCCAACUAUUUACGCUCACGAUGUGGUCGAAGGAGUGAAAGUCCAAGAUCGGCCACUCACUGUCGGCAGAACGAUCGAGACGAUGGUGUGCUCAGGCGAAUUCAAUUCCUUCCUACAGAACGAGGUCGCAGGUGACACAGAUCUAGCUGUGAAGAUCAAGCAGGAGAUCAUCCAGGAUUUGAUGGACUAUUAUGUCCUGGAUCGCGAGGGGCAACUCAGUGUCACUAUUGCCACCAGACAUGCCGACCAUCUCAAGUCGUUUGCUUCAGGCGGAUCCGGCUGA